CAUUGAGGGGCAGAGAUUGGUAUGUUGCAAGCAUGCAAGUCAAAGGAAGAGAUAACUAGUUUAUCUAAACAGGGAAAAGAGCUGUUAUUGGAAAUAGAAAACAGUAAAAAACCAGUAGUAGCUGCAAUUAUGGGUACAUGCCUUGGAGGUGGAUUAGAGGUAGCUUUAGCUGCACAUUACAGAAUUGCUGUAAAAGAUAAAAAAACAGUGUUAGGCCUUCCAGAAGUGUUACUUGGUCUUCUUCCAGGAGCUGGUGGUACCCAGCGGCUUCCUCGUCUCAUAUCCCUACCUAAUGCUCUCGAUAUGAUGCUUACUGGCAAAACAUUGAAGGCAGAUAGAGCAAAAAAGAUGGGAUUGGUUGAUCUAGUUGUUGAACCUUUAGGGCCAGGUUUAAAAGCACCAGGUGAUAGAACUUUAGAAUAUUUAGAAGAAGUUGCUGUGAAAAUUGCUUCUGAUCUUGCAGCUAAAAAAAUGAAAAUUGAUCGUUCUGUAUCACUAACAGACAGACUGCUUAAAAUGGCCCUUAGUAUUGGUUUUGUUCGAGAGCAAAUAUUCAAAAAAGCACGACAGCAAGUUAUGAAACAAACAAAUGGACUGUAUCCUGCACCUCUAAAGAUUUUGGAUGUAGUUAGAACAGGUAUUGAAAAGGGGUUAGUAGCUGGCUAUGCUGCCGAAAGUGAUGGAUUUGGUACUUUAGGAAUGACAACACACUCAAAUGCUCUCAUUGGUUUAUACCACGGGCAAACAUUAUGCAAGAAGAAUCGCUUUGGUGAUCCUACUCAAAAAAUAAAGACUGUUGCAGUUUUAGGUGCUGGGUUGAUGGGAGCUGGUAUAGCUCAAGUUAGUAUUGACAAAACUUUUGAUGUGAUAUUGAAAGAUGUUAGCCCAGAAAGCCUUGCAAAGGGUCAGAAUCAAAUAUACAAAGGCCUAGAUACAGCAGUCAAGAGGAAAAGAAUAACUUUACACGAGAGAAAUGUUUUUAUGUCAAGACUGAAUCCUGCAUUAAAUUAUGAAAAAUUUAAGGAUGUGGACAUUGUCAUUGAAGCUGUGUUUGAAGAUUUAAAUAUUAAGCACAAAGUCAUUAAAGAAGUGGAGCAACAUGUACCCAGCCAUUGUAUCAUAGCAUCAAAUACAUCUGCAUUGCCUAUUCACAAGAUUAGUGAUGCCAGUAAGCGACCUGAAAAAGUAGUUGGAAUGCAUUAUUUUUCUCCUGUUGAUAAAAUGCAACUGUUAGAAGUUAUAACAACUGAUAAAACUUCAAAGGAUACUGCAGCAGCUGCUGUUCAGGUGGGCCUAGAUCAAGGAAAAAUUGUUAUAAUUGUCAAGGAUGGACCAGGAUUUUACACAACAAGAAUAUUAGCUCCUAUGCUUUUUGAAAUGGUGUUCAUGAUGCAAGAAGGCAACAAUCCUAAACAUCUUGAUAAACUUACAAAAGAGUUUGGAUUUCCUGUGGGAGCAGCAACAUUAGCUGAUGAGGUCGGCUUGGAUGUUUCAGUUCACAUAUCUGAAUAUUUGUCAAAUGUCUUUGGUGAACGAUUCAUAGGAAAAACAAAUUUAAAUGUCUUAAAAGAUAUGGUUGCAGCUGGUUUCUUAGGUCGCAAAUCUGGAAAAGGAUGUUACAUUUACACACCAGGUGUAAAGGAGAGAGAAAUUAAUCGUGAGGCAGAAGAUAUUCUUACAAAAUACAAAGUUGAAUCUCCCAAACCGUCUACAGUUGAAGAGCAACAAAUGAGACUUGUAACACGUAUGGUAAAUGAAGCAAUUUUAUGUUUGCAAGAAGGUAUCCUGGCUAAUCCUUUGGAAGGUGAUAUAGGGGCUGUGUUUGGCCUAGGAUUUCCUCCUUUCCAUGGAGGACCAUUUCGAUAUGCUGAUACAUAUGGAGCAGAUAAACUCCUUCGGUGGAUGGAACAAUUUAGUGAAUUAUAUGGUCCUCAUUUUACUCCUUGUCAAUUGCUUUUAGACCAUGCCAGGGAUUCUAGCAAAAAAUUUCAUUCUAAAUGAUAAUUAUUAAGAAUUAAACACCUAGCAAUUAAACAGAGAAAUUUGUUGAGCCUUCACCAAGUUCAUUUAUGUUUCAUGUAUGUCUCAUCUUACACAUUACAGAGAUAAAAUUUGCUAACAGUUUUUUAAUGCAAGAAUUCUCAAGUAAUUUUUGCAAUAUUUAUCCUUGCAAAAUACUCUUUUUAUAAAUCAAAAUGAAAACAGUAUUAAGAUGGAAGAGAAUAAAUUAUUUUGGAGCUGUAAUUUUAUUUUGUUUGUUUUAAAAUUACAUGUUAACAAAUUUGAGCAACAAAUUUGACCAACUGCUUGUCUUAAAUUUCUGCAAUCUAUGUUUUGAAAUUUUGACUCACUGAAACUAAUUUUAAAAAAUGUAGCUAGUAUCUGUAAAUAGCAAAUGAAGUAUGUUUAUAUAAUAUUUUAUAAUAGAGCAAUAUUUUUAUGUCUUGUUAUAUGCUGUGAAAUGUCUGUAAAAAAUAAAUUUUUUUU